UUUCUCCUUCUACUUCGCUUCCAUUUCCACUCUUAAUUGACUCACUGCCAUCUCCUCAACAUGUCAACCUCCCCAGAAGACCUCCGCCAGAUCUACGUCGGCCAAGACAUCGCCGACGUAUCCAAGCCAUGCGCCGUUCUCGACGCCGCCAUCAUCCGGCGCAACUGCGACAAGAUGAUCCGCGCCGUGAAGGCCCUGGACGUCGGAUUCCGCGCGCACGUCAAGACGCAUAAAGUAGGAAGCUUCUCUCUAUCCCUCUCAAUCUCAUACCAAACGCUGACCAUCUACGCAGACCACAGAAAUCACCAGAAUGCAGAUGGGCUCUUCCGAGACCUUCGACGUCAACCUGGUCGCGUCGACCGUCAACGAAAUCCACCAUCUGGUGCCCCUGCUGCAGGAAUUCCAAGCGCAGCACCGUCGCGUCAACGUGCUGUACGGCAUCCCGCUGGUCCCGUCGCAGGUGCCACGACUCGCCUCGCUGGCCCGCACCCUCGGCGAAGACACCAUCGCCGUGAUGAUCGACCACCCGGCCCAGAUCGACUUCCUAUCCGAGUUCCAUCGCCUGGCGGGGCUCCCCGCCAGCGUCUUCAUCAAGGUCGACACGGGGUACCAUCGCGCAGGACUGCCGCCGACGGGACUCAACAAGGCCGAUCUGCUGAAGCGGCUGGCGCAGGCGGAGCGCGACGGCCACGCGCGCCUGCUGGGGGUGUAUUCGCACAGCAGUCUCAGCUACGCGGGCAGCACGCCCGAAGAAGCGAUGGGCCAUCUCACGGCGGAGAUCACGGGGUGUCGCGACGCGGUGCGGCAUCAUGUGGACCUGUUACCGGACCGGGAGCUGGUGAUCAGCGUGGGCGCGACGCCGCAGGCUGCGUCGGUGCAGAAUCUCCUGCAGGGCCAGACGUCGGCGGCGGCGUCUGCGGAGGCUCGGGGGCUGCGUGAAUUGCUGCGCGAUCCGCUCCCCGGCGCGCGGGUGAAGGUCGAACUCCAUGCGGGCAACUACGCGGUGCUGGACAUGCAGCAGCUGGAGACGCAGGCGGAAAGCAGAGGCCGGCCCGACGAUGAGGUGGCGAUUUCGGUGGUCGCGGAGGUCUGCAGCUUGUAUAACGGCGGCGAGCGAGCGCAGCCCGAGGCGCUUCUGGCGGCGGGCACGCUGGCUCUAGGCCGAGAGCCCUGCCACAGCUAUCCCGGCUGGGGGGUGAUCGGGCAGUGGCGGCGCGAGGCGGCGUCGCGUCGUCUGAUUCUGGCGCGCAUCAGUCAAGAGCACUCGAUCGUGACGUGGGAGAAGGGGAGGGACGGGGACGAGGUGCCCGAUAUCCCGCUGGAGGUGGGACAGGCGGUUCGCGUGUAUCCCAACCAUUCGUGCGUGACAGGCGCCAUGCACGGAUGGUAUCUCGUGGUGGACUCUGAUCUGGAAGAAGGGUCCAAGGUGGUGGACGUGUGGGUGCGAGCGAGAGGAUAUAGCGCUCUGCCGGCGUAGCUUACAGCUGCUUUGUACAUACUAGCAGCAAAUUCUCAU